CCUUUUUUAUGAGUAAGGCGAAGUAUGGUAAAAAGGUAUUGAAGGCUAUUGUAAAACACCGAACCUGUGGAACAUGUAAAUGGUGGAAAAGAAACAAACCAGAUCAACCAGUACGUCUACACCGCUUGGUCCAAAACCAUACAGGAAGUGCAAGAUCGAUGGAGAGUGCGAGCGGGAACAAGGUAUAUUGGAAUUGUUCAAAGAAGGAACACCUGUAGAGUAUAUUGAAGGUGAUGGAGACAAUACACUUAUAGCUCGGUUAAAGUCUAAUCAAAAUAUUAAUAUGAAAAAGAGAUUUGAUAGGAACCAUGUUGUGAAGAAUGUUGGUAAACACCUGUUUCAGUUGCAAGCCUCCAAGAAAGUUCGUCUCAGUAAAGUUGUAAUUAACCACAUCCAGAAGUGUCUCAAAUACGCCUUUGCUAAAAACCAAGGAAACAAAGAAGAUCUAGAACAAAAUCUGAGGGCAAUCAUACCCCAUCAGUUUGGGGACCAUAGCUUCUGUUUCCCAAAGUUUUGUGGCUACAAGAGGGACCAAAGUGUAAAAUAUCUUCAUCGUAGCUUGCCAUACAAGGGCCCUAUCAAAGAUGAAACAGGUCAGCUUCGGGAAGAACUUGACAAAGUUUUCGCACCUGUCAUUGGCAAUGCAGAACAGUACUCUGACUUGGGUUCUUCACAACAAUGUGAACAUGCUAACAGGGAAGUAUCGUUGAGGGCCCCAAAGUCACUUCACUAUGGAAUAACUCUGAGGUCCCUUGGACUUCCGAGUGCAGGCGAAGCAAGCCUUCAGCAAUGA